AUGCCCAGGUCAAAACGUUCAAAGCUCGUGUCCUUGACAAAGGUCGAUAAGAAGACCCGAAGUCAUAAAGAGGCUCAAAUCACUUUGAUUCAAGAGAAUGCAGACAAGUGGAAGUACUGUUGGUUAUUCGAAGUGCGGUCGUUUCGCAACGGACACCUACAGACCGUUAGAAAGUUGUGGAAAGGCACUGCCCGUAUAUUUUUCAGUCGCUCAGCUCUCAUGGCGAAGGCAUUAGGAACUACACCGGAGGAGGAACAUAGGAUGGGAAUCCAUAAACUUGCCAAACAACUAGAAGGCGAAGUCGGAUUACUCUUUACCGAUACGGAACCGCAAGAAGUGAUAGAUUGGUUUGCUGACUUCCAUCCACCAGAUUUUGCGCGAGCAGGAAAUGUCGCGUCCCGGACGGUCGUUCUACCUGCAGGUCCUGUAAUGCAACACCAUUCAGACCCACCGGAACCGUUCCCGCACAACGAAGAACCACAGCUGCGUAAACUAGGUCUCAGCACAAAAAUGAACAGAGGCGUACCAACGCUGGAAAUUCCACACAACUUAUGUGAAAAGGGCAAGCCGUUAACAGCAGAACAGGCACAACUACUGAAGUUGAUCGGGGAAAAAAUGGUCGUUUUUAGAGUUGGGUUGAUUGCUAGAUGGGAUGCUGCCACCGGUGAGGUUACCACUUUAGAUGGCCCGCGGCUUCCAACGAAAGGAGGUGCUGAGAAAGUUGAGGGUGACGCUGAGAUGGAAGAGUGA